UACAAACAUCUGGCAUUAUCUCCAAUCGGAGUACCAUGUAUAGUGGCGAUGGUGUUUUAUGUGAUGUGCUAAAAUUGCGGUAUCACCGAUUUUACAAGGUAUCCGGUGACAAAGAGAACAUCACAAUUCCGAAACAAAGUGAUGGGGAGAUCUUCGACAUCUCACUUGAACGAUUAUGA